CGCACAUAAUAGAGAAAAAUGAAACAAAUAUGGACGACUUGCUCCGAAACACCACCGAGUGGGGAACGCUUCUCAAAAAUAACCUGCAGUUGUUUCCUUCAAAAUUCCUACAUGCUCGAAAUGUACAUACAUCAAGAGUGAUGAAAGAUCAAAUAUCGCAACAUAUGAGCCCCUGAGAGGUCCUGUUAUACAAUUGAAGAAUGAUCAUUAUCGAGAGAAAAUCUCUACUCCUAAAUCCAUAGACUAUGAUUAUGAACAUUUGAGUACUUCUGGAUACUCUUCCCUCACUUCUUCUGCUUGACACCUUACUUCACCUUCAUCCCCACCACCACUACCACAACAGUCAUUAUCCUCAUCUCCAUGGUUAUUACGGCUUUAGCCAGAAUUCUGUACUUUCUUCUUCGUCAAUGACUCGUAGAGACAAAUACGAAGUUGCUAGCAAUCCAUCGAAAUCUUCCUUACCAUUAGAUCGGGAAAGUCUUAUCAAAUUUCCUCGUCAGUCCAGAGAUUUUGGGAUUGUUCCAUCUGCUACAAAACGUAUGAAACCUGCAAGUAAUGUUGAUUCACAUGACCAGUUUUCUUCUGACAUUCUCUCCAAUUCUUCAUCUUCAUCUGGCUACCGUGUGUUGGUCAUUAAUCUUCAUCCAAUUGUCACUCAGGAUGAUAUAAUUGAAUUGUUUGGUGCAGUUGGAGCUCUAAAAAAGGCCCAGUUGGAGCUCUAAAAAAGGCCCAUCUAUUGAAAGCUGGUUGUGUCAAUAAAUACCACAACAAAGAACUUGAUGGUCAGCCAAUGAUAGUAAAAUUGAUGACUCCUACAUCUCCAGUGUUUUCUCUCCACUCCAGUUCCGCAAUACCAAAAUCUCUGGGAGAACCUCUCAA